GAGGGUCUGUUUCCGUUUCCGGGUGGCCAUAUCUUCCACUAACAGCCAUAAUGUUGACCCGACUGUCGCGGUUCGGGGCCGCUCUGCCCCGGUUAUUCUCCGCUCCACCGGCCCGGUUCGUCUCCCAGUCCAAGCCGACCGAGUCCGCUGACUCGGCCGUGACGGAGCUGCACCGGACCGUGGACCAGGGCGGACACGCGGACGUUAACCCCUACCUCAAGAACCCAGACUUCCAUGGCUUCUCCUCUGACCCAGUGGUGGAUGAGUGGAACAUGAGGCUCGGCUUCUUCUUUGGCAUCUCAGUGGCUCUUGUUCUUGGAUCAACAUUUAUCUACUAUUUACCAGACCACGGCAUGCAGCAGUGGGCCAGGAGGGAGGCUGAGCGUCUGGUCGUGCAGAGAGAGGCGGCAGGUCUUCCUGUCAUUGACGAGAACUACUACGACCCGAGCUUGAUCAUUCUGCCGGGAGCAGGAGAGGAGGAGUAGGAUGAUACUCACCUGCUGUGUUUCAUGAUUAUUGUGUUUCAGUCUGAUAGAAUAAAUGAUGUACUUAUUAAUUGUAUAA